AUGACUCCUAGGAGUGUUCAAGCUAGGGUUUUUCCGAUGAGUUUUUCGAUUUUUUCUGCUUCUUGGGCAACCACUUUUCUUCUUCAAACAGAAAACUCCAUUUCAGAAAACCAGAGUCCCGGACCCCCACCAUUCAAUAGCCCAAGUUCCUUAAUUCGGAAAAAAAAAACUUACCAGGUCUUGGUUGCUAAAACAUUAUCUGCAGGGAGUGAAACCACCAAGGCAGGAGAGGCUCGUAUCAUAUUUCUUUCUCAUUUUUAACUGUUUAAAGGAUCCUUACCUGCUUGUUGGUCUGGGAGUAGUCGACCAUGUACUCGUAGGCGUCGGCCUGGGCGUUGACACGGGUCUCAGUGCCUUCGACCGGUAGGGCAAAGGCGUCCAUGACGAUGAAGGUGUCACCGUCUGUCUUCCCCUGCAUCACACCCAUCACCUCAAUCGUCCCACCGGAGCGAGCAUGGACGACCAUCUUCAGCAGCGCGAGGGCGGAUAUUUUCACGCGGCGGAAGAAGUGAGGAUCAUUGGUCCACGGCUUCUCCUGCUGCAUCUUGCUCUGCGUGGCCUCGUCGUAGAAGUAGAUCAAGUCCACGUCCGCCCCUUCCACGGCGACCACAUUGUUCUCCAGCUCCCACGUCCUCUGGGCGAUCACCGCCGUGGAGGAUGGCUCCAUCGAUCCAGCACAAGCCUCGCCUGGAGGCGGAUUAUCCCUGUUCUCGCCGCCUUCUCUAGGCUUGGCUUCGCAUCGAAAUGGAACGGAACAGCAGCCAAAAACCCUCCCUUUUGACUUCCGACGAAAUUGAGUACCUGUAAAAAAUACUUUAGUAAUUAGCCCUCAUUAGUUUAAUAACUACAUAUUAAACAUGAAACAUUAUUUAUUGUCUUAAGUACUCUCAUGGCGAUUAUUGAGCCAACCCGACCCAACAAGGUAACUGUCAAUGUUGGGAAUUUUGGGCUUGAUUAUGGACCCAGAUCCCGGGCCAGACUUAUUUUGGGCCUACUUUAUUUGACCCAUCAUGCCCCAACUAAUGUGAGCUUUGUUGGGCCUAAUUGGACCGCUCGACUGAACCGAGUUACCACCGAGUCGCGGCGGGGGGAGGUGAACUCGGUCUCUUCCCGCGACUCGGCCCCGGCUUCAGGGCGGUUCUCAGUUUCCGUUUUCCAGCGUCAUCAACCGACUCGGGCGAGUCGACGCCCAACUCGGGCCGGGACGAUCCUGUGAAUUUAAUAAGAGUUCUUUUCUUUAUUUGGGCCGGGCCGCUUUAGAGCCUCACCGGCUCAAGUUGGAACGGAAAGGCCGUCCCCGUGACGUGGACUUCAUGGGCCCCACUGACAGUGUCCACCAAUCGGAAGCCGAUGACGUGGCAUAUCGUGGACGCCUCUAUCCACACCAUAGGACAAAGAGAGAAGCUCCCGCCGUCUCCCUUCUCGUGGCGGAGAGAAGUCCUCCACAGACGCCCUCUCACCCUCAUCUCCGGCGGCGAGGUCGCCCGCCACCCUCGGCUCACGGCGGUGCCGCCGUAGGUGGUCUCCUCCCUCUCCCAUGGCCUUUCUCCAGUAGAGCGGAGCGAGGGAAGGACGGGUGGAGAAGAUGGGGUUGCUGACGACACAAGCGCAGGCCCUGAGGGCUUCAACUGCGGCCGCCGGCGCCGGGAGAAGCCCUUCCUCUUCUUCUUCUUCCUCUUCUUCUUCCUCCUCGAUCUGUCUGUUCAUCCGAGAAUCUCGUUCGCCGCGCGUCUCCAAGGUACGGCGUUCUGAUUCGUUUUGUCAUGUGGCUAUUUCUCCAUCUUCUCUUGCUCAGAUCGGUGGAGGUUAUCAGGUCGAUUGGAGCCGAAACACCAUUGGGAGGGGCCACUUAGACGGCAGGCGCUUCUUCCUGCGUGCUCCAGAUCUGUGGACAAGAAGCCGAACAGGUUGACUGAAGAGAAUGAGUCGUCCUCUGAAUUCGGGGUCGAGAUUAGGGUUUACUUUCUAAAACUGUUGCCAUCGGCGACUGCAGUCUCGCCGGUGUACGUUCUUCCGCUGACCGAAGAGAAUGUCGAGCUGGUUCUGGAUGAAGUACGGCCAAGCCUCAUGGCGGACGGCGGAAACGUGGCCCUGCACGAGAUCGACGGCCUCGUCGUGGUUCUGAAGCUGCAGGGCGCCUGCGGAUCGUGCCCGAGCUCGACAAUGACGCUGAAGAUGGGCAUCGAGACUCGGCUCAGAGAUAAGAUCCCGGAGAUCAUGGCGGUCGAGCAGAUCCUGGACACCGAGACAGGCCUCGAACUGAACGAGGAGAAUGUCGAGAAGGUAAGCGAAUUCCAGACCAUGUCAACUGCUUUACAUAUCUGGUAGAUCCGUCGGCCUCAUCUUGUUCUAUGGAGUUCUGUGUAUCUUCUCAUCAGUUCCUCAGAUUCUCAAACGUCUGAAUCAUUCAUCGACAUGAUCCGACGAUUGAAUCGUUCAUCCGUGAUUGGGAAAUCUAGAAAGGGUUUUGGGCAUAUUCUGAGAAAUCCCAUGUUACAUGCUCGAUAAAAUGCUUGAUUCGGUACCCAUCCUCACCAUUCCUCUGAUGGAUAUCAUCCUCUGCAUCGUCUGUGAUUCAGAAUCUAUCAAGAGGGCUUCAGAAUCUCUCUCUCUCUCUCUCUCUCUCUAAGACUGGUUUUGUUGCAGGUUCUGUCGGAGAUACGGCCGUACCUGGUCGGCACCGGAGGCGGGGCACUGGAGCUCCUUCAGAUCAGCGACUUCGCGGUGAAGGUCCGGCUGAGCGGGCCGGCGGCCGGCGUGAUGACGGUCCGCGUCGCCCUGACGCAGAAGCUGAGAGAGAAGAUCCCUUCCAUUGCGGCUGUCCAGCUGGUGGAUUAG